UUUGUAUUCUGCCUAUGUGGGUCAAGUUUAUCAAAUUUUUCAUUAAUGACCUCUGGAUUUUGGCUCAUAAGGAAGAAGGCCUUCUACUCUAAGCUUGUAAAGGACUCCUCUCAUGUAUUCCUCUGGAAUCAAGGUCAGAGGUGUGAACAAGGUGUCAAGUAUAAAGCGAAGAUUUUUCUAAGGAUGGACCCACACCAGAAGGUCCCUAGCAUAUAUAAUGGGAACACUUUACAGACUCCUGGGUAUGAAAAAGUCUCUAAGUAUAAGGACGAGUUAGAAAGGCACGAGGGAAGGCGCAUGGAAGAAAGACGGUAUAAAUGCAGUGAAUGUGGAAAGAAGUUUGCCCAGAGCUCGGGGCUUGUUCGACAUCAGAGAAUCCACACUGGAGAGAAACCCUAUGAGUGUGAUCACUGUGGAAAAGCCUUUAGCGUGCGCUCAACCCUCACUGUGCAUGAAAGAAUUCACACUGGUGAGAAGCCUUAUUCCUGUAAUGAGUGUAAGAAAGCCUUCAGUGUAAGGGCACACCUGAUUAUACAUCAGAGAAUCCACAAUGGAGAGAAACCCUAUGAAUGCAAUGAGUGUGGCAAAGCAUUUAGUGUGAGCUCAGACCUUAUCAAACAUCAGAGAAUCCAUACUGGUGAGAAACCUUAUGAGUGUGAUGAGUGUGGAAAAGCUUUCAGUGUGAGCUCAGCCCUCAUCAAGCAUCAGAGAAUCCACACAGGAGAAAAGCCGUAUGAGUGUAAGGAAUGUGGAAAGGCCUUCUAUGUGAACUCAGCACUUAUUAAUCACCAGAGGAUUCACUCUGGAGAAAAGCCCUAUGAGUGUGGAGAGUGUGGAAAAGCAUUCAGCCAGAUCUCAACCCUUAUUCAUCACCAGAGAAUCCAUACUGGAGAGAAACCAUAUGAGUGUGAAGAGUGUGGGAAAGCUUUCCGUGGGAGUUCUAAUCUUACUAAACACCAGAAAAUACAUGCCAAAGGAAAGUGUCAUCAGUGAUUAUGUGGGAAGUAUAUUCCAAAAGGCUUUUGUUACAUCAGAAGAUACCAUCAAAAGAAGAGUAUAAUAAAAGUUAAUGCCUUAAAUGACACUUCACCCUUGAAAUAUUGAAGUGAAAAAUCGCUGAAAAGCAGCUCCAUCAGCAUUGUGGCUCAGGCUCUAAAAUCACAUCUACUUCUGAAAAUGUAAUUUUACAACUCAUAAGAAUGGAGGUUUACACACAGAGUCAUCUGGCUGGAGGACACCCUUCUGGAGUCAGUACUGAAAUGAAUGCCAUAUCCUACUCCAAACCAGCACGACUGUAAAUACUAAGCAAUAGUGACUCCUGACCUUAAACAGAGAGUCUGUUUCAAAGCAGAGUUUUCCAGAAGAAAUCCAACACAGAGUGAUGUGCAGGGGACUAAAUAGAAACAUUUUUCAGGGACCCAACACUGAACAAGUUCAUGGGCUUGUUAAUAGUUUACCCGAGUGAGGGGACAUCCCCUUGGAAAAAGCACAACAGACAAUGCCUGAAGCUGAGGAGAAUAUCACUGAUAAACGGAACCUGAGACACCUGGGAGAAUUUGCUCUGAAAUUCAGUCCUGCCAGUGCUCUGAGAGUGGGAAACCGUCCAUUCAGUUUGCACAUGAUUUUCAACUUCAGCAACUGUAAUAAAAGAAGCAGCUUCUCAAUGUAAAGUUAGUGGAAAAGUCAUUGUUAUGAAAAUAUCCCUCCCUAUUUAAAAAAGCCUUAACACACCAGCAGCCCUGACUUAAACACCAGCAUGUCCAAACUGGAAUGUGUAUCCUCAACAUGGAAAGACCUUCAGUGUAAACCCAAGUCCCAUGAAACAACAGAUAAGCCAUCCUGGAGAGU